CAUAAAUGUACCACCAACAAGGCAACUAGGCAAGGCCAGAAGCUUAUACAUGUUUGUCCAACAAAAAAUAAAAACUUGCAUAUAAUUGUUCAAGUUUCAAUCAAUUCACCAUCAUCUCCAAUGGCUCUCCCAAACUCAUCAGUAAAAGUAGUUCAAGUUUGCAGGGUGGCUCCGCCACUUCCAGCCUCACCGGAUCACUCCCUUCCCCUGACCUUCUUCGACAUACGUUGGUUAAGGUUUGCACCACCGCAGCUCCUCUAUUUCUACAAAUUAUCUUCUUCCUCUAACAAUUCGACCUUCUCAUUUGAUUCCUUACUCGACAAACUCAAAACCUCACUCUCUCUUACCCUCAAACAGUUCCUGCCUCUCGCGGGAAACCUCACUUGGCCUCAAGACUCCCUCAAACCCAUUCUGAGCUAUGUCCAAGGAGACACCCUUUUGCUUACAAUAGUCGAAUCCAAUGCUGAUUUUGACCGCCUUUCGAGCAAUUACAACCUGCUUGAAGCCCAAGAAUACCAUCCUCUUGUACCCCAAUUGGAGGUGUCUCAUGAACGAGCUGCAGUGAUGGCAUUGCAAAUCACUCUGUUUCCAAACAAAGGCUUUUCCAUUGGAGCAGCAAUGCACAAAGCAGUCCUUGAUGGCUUAACUGCAUUUUCAUUUUUAAAAUCAUGGGCGCACAUCUGCAAACAUCAAGGGUUGACUUCAUCUUCAUUACCAGACCAGCUUAAACCCUUCUACGACAGAAGCCUCAUCCAAGACCAGAAGGGGCUCGGAGCACUCUUCGCAAACCAAUACCAAGCCAUGGACGGUCCCAACAACAGAAGCUUAAUGGUCUGGGAGCUUCAAGUUCCCCAAGACUCAAUUCGAGGCACCUUCGAACUCACUCGCGCAUUUAUCCAAUCACUCAGAGGGCAUGUCUUGGCUGCAAUAGGUUCUGAUACGAUUCUCCGCUUGUCAACGUUUUCUCUAGCAUGUGCCUAUACAUGGGUUUGCUUAGUAAAGGCUGAAGAAACAAUAGAAGAUAAAGCACGAAUCAUCUUUUCCGUGGACUGUAGGUCUCGGCUAGACCCUCCUCUACCUGCAACAUAUUUCGGGAACUGCUUAGUGGGCUGUUUGGUAGUUGCAGAAACAAAAGAUCUACUGGGAGAAGAUGGGUUGAUUGUGGCAUUAAGUGCAAUUAGUGAAGCUUUGAGGAACUUUGAAAAGAAGGGGAUUUUGAACGGAGCUGAACAUUGGGUUUCAAUAUUGAGCAGUGUGCGUACAGGUAGACUGGUUGGCAUUGCUGGCUCACAUCAGUUUGGUGCGUAUGAAACUGAUUUUGGAUGGGGAUCACCAAGCAAGGUUGAGGUUGUUUCCAUAGAUAGGACAGGAGCCAUCUCCUUGACAGAUAGCAAGAACGGUGGUGGAGGCGUUGACGUUGGGUUGGUCUUGAAGAAACAUCACAUGGAUGCUUUCGCUUCUCUAUUUGCCAAAGGUCUCAAAAACCAUUCAAGAAUUUGAAGCCAAAUUACGUGUAUAACUAUGGUUCGAUCUUUUGGCUUAUAUAUGAUGCCUCUGUUACUUCUGAAGUUUCUUUAAUAUCACAAUUAAGGAAAAGAAUCUGCUGUAAUUGAAACUAUGUGAGAAGAUUGAAAUAAUAGUAAAGGAUGAAGACCGAAGAAGAAUGAAACCCAAGAAGAACAAUAGAUGCGACAGGAGCGAUCUCAUUCUCGGAUGGUAGGAAUGGUGGUGGAAGUGUUGAGGUUGGGGUGGUUUUGAAAGAACCGAAUACGCAAGUUUUUGUUUCUCUAUUUGCUCAAGGUCUUGAGCACCUUGUACUCCUAGACUUGAAUGUUUACUUACUUGGAAGGAAAGAGAAUGAUUACGGGGUAAAAACAUUCCUGCAUUUACUAACACAUAAAGGAAUCGGAAUGAUUCCGGGUAAAAGAAUUCUUGCGUUUACUAACACAUGAAGGAAUCGGAAUGGAUGUAGGCCUCACCUCCUUAUCAGGAAUCGAUUCCUGAAUACUCAGGAAUUCGAUUACGAAGGGGGGAGAUGGGUUUAGGAAUCAUUCCUCCGGAAUCAAUACCGAUUCCUUUCUUCUCCCAUUUCACUUGUCUCCGAUUCAUGAUUAUUUCCAUUCCAAGUAAGUAAACGUGUCAGAAUUUUCUUUUGUGUGUCUUUUCUUUUGGUGGUUAUUAAUAACUGGGAAUCUAGGGGUGAGAGUUUGGUUGUCUCGGUGUUUGUGAUGGUAAGC